GAGCCUGCGCAGAGCGGCCUACCUCCAUGGCCAACAGUGAUGGUGACAGUGACACCCGUGACACUUGUUUGCUAAUUAGCAGUUUAGUUUUCCGUGCGAGUGAAAUCAUACGGAAUGGCCUGGACAGGCUGGGGCCAUGGCAGUGACAGUGGCUCGUAGGCUCGUAGGAUCCAUGUGUAGGGCCAACGAAGACUGGAGCCUUCCGUAUUGACAUGACAGGCUCGCUGGACGGCGUGGUUUCCCUCAACGGGCAAGAGUGAGGCUGGGAUGGAGGGUGCCACGGCAGCCGAGGCGGGCAGCACCGUGGUGGCACCAGCAACCGGUGGGGCAUUGUCUGUGGCAGCCUUGCCUUGGGCAGACUCCCUUGUGGCGACCUCUCCUGCGCCGGCUUCCCCUGCGCCGGCCUCCCCUGCGCCGGCCUCCCCUGCGCUGGCCUCCCCUGCGCUGGCCUCCCCUGCGCCGGCCACCCCUGUGCCGGCCACCCCUGUGCCGACCUCUCCUGCGCUGACCUCCCCUGCAGUGGCGUCCCCUGCACCGGCGUCCCCUGCGCCGGCCUCCCCUGCGCCGGCCUCUCCUGCGCCGGCGUCCCCUGCAUCGGCAUCCCCUGCACUGGCGUCCCCUGCACCAGCCUCCCCUGCACCGGCGUCCCUUGCGCCGGCGUCCCCUGCGUCGGCGUCCCCUGCGCCGGCGUCCCCUGCGCCGGCGUCUCCUGCGCCGGCGUCCCCUGCGUCGGCCUCCCCUGCACCUGCCUCCCCUGCACCGGCAUCUCCUACGUCGGCCUCCCCUGCGCCUGCUUCCCCUGUGCCGGAUUCCCCUGCGCCAGCCUCCCCUGUGGUGGCCACGCCUCGAGGGAGUACGCCCGACAUGGCCACACCAGACGGCCAGGCCUCGGAGCGUGCACGGCUGUGCCCAUCAUCGUGCAGUGAUGACAGCGAUGCCCUCCUCUCGGAAUCAGAUGGAGAGUUUCUCCCGAUGCAGAAUGGUGCCAGGGGGGGCUUCAGCUGCCUGAGGUGCAACCACGAAGAGAUGAGGCAGGCGGAACGCCAGUUGGUGCUGCUGCACGAGAGGCUGGCUGCACGGGAGGCAGAGCACCGGCACGCCCUGGCCGAGACGAGGGCCCAACUGCUGGCCAGGAACGAGAAGCUGUCGCAGCAGCUGGAGGCGGUGACCCGAGAGAAAGACGGCAUGGUGGUGCGCUACGCGACGAGCGAGAAGGAGGUGAUUGUGGCCCGCAAGGCCCUGGAGGAGGCGGACAAGCGGCUGCGAGACCUGGCCAAGGAGCGGGACCAGUACUUCAGCCGGGUGCGCUCGCUCAGCCAGGAGCGCAGCCGCCUCUGCACCAACCUCGACACCAAGUUGGCCGAGCUGGCCCGGCUGCACAAGGAGCAGGAGCGGCUGCGAGAUGACCUGGCCUCACGCGACAUCAAGAUCAAGUGGGCCCAGAACAAGCUUCGCACCGAGGUGGAUGCUCACAAGGAAACGCAGGGCCGGCUAGAGCAGGCUCAGCUGCGGCUGCGCGACUUGCGAGAGGAGGCAGACCAGGUGCGCAGGGACUGCCACGAGAUGCUCCGCCGCGAGGGCAGCCCCGACAGCCGCCGGGACGAGCUCGACCAGCUCCGGCUUCGGCUGGAGGCCAGCCUGAACCAGGAGCAUGCCCUCACGGCCAAGGUGGAGCAGCUGGAGCGGGAGCGGUCUGAGCAGGAGCAGACGCUGGCCAGGCUGAAGCAGGAGCUGGACGACAAGAGCGGCCUCGAGCUACAGCUGGCCAGGGAGCGGGAGAAGGCGGACGCGAGCCAGGCGGAGGCGGAGCGGCUGGGGCAGGCGGCGGCAGAAGCACAGGCAGACCUGGAGGCAUGCCACACGAAGGAGGCAGAGCUGCUGCUGUUCACCCAACAGCUGACAAGUCGCAGCGUCCAGCUCCAGUCGGACCACAGCCUCCUCAGCCUCAAGUUGCAGGGCCUGGAGGAGGAGAAGGUGCAGCUGGAGCAGCAGCUGGCUUGUGUGCAACGUGACAAGGCAGAGCUGGAGGCCAGCCUGGAGCGGGAACAACGCCAGCGGCACCACGAAACGCAGCUGUUGACCCGCAAGCUGGCGGACAAGUGCCGGGCAGCGGAUAAGCUGACUGUGCGGCUAGAGGAGGCAGACAACGAGCAGCGGGUGAUGCAGCGCAGGCACCUGUCGAGCGUCAAGGAGCUGGCACGGGAGCUGCAGCACGUCAAGCGGCAGCUGGAGCGGCAGCAGGAAGCGGCUUCGACGCAAGAUGCCUCGUCCCCAGAGCCAAGUAGCCAGCCCAGCAGUCAGCCCAGCAGCCAGCCGCUGGUGGGCUUUGUGAACACGGGCCGCCACGAUCUCCCGGCCAGUACAGGGUCCGAGGUGCAGCCAGACGUGCAGAUGCUGCUGGAGCGCAUAGUGCGGCUGCAGAAGAGCCUGGCCCGAAAGAAGGACAAGCUGGACUUCCUCGAGGAGCAUGUGGGGCACCUGCUACUUGAGCUCAAGAACAAGUCCAGGAUCAUCCAGAACUAUGUGGCCCGGGAGGAGGCGGGUGCCCUGAUCCCUAGCAGCAUGGACUGCAACAAGGAGGAGCUGGCACGCCGCGGCGGCAUCAUGGCAUCGGUCUUUGGCAGCCAACCCCUGGACGCCGGCAUGACGCUGGAACUCUCGCUUGAGAUGAACCGCAAGCUGCAGCUGGUGCUCGAGGACACCCUGCUUAAGAACAUCACGCUCAAGGAGAGCAUGGACACCCUCGGCCAGGAGAUUGCCCGCCUCACCCGGGCAAGCUCGGCCCCUGACCGACCACGCUGAGCAGUUGUUGCAUGGCGGUGCCGCCGCUUCUCUCACGACGGUGUUUCUGGACCUCACUGAAGGGUGGAGAUUGUGGGGGACGUCCAACGCGGGUCUCUCUGCUAGCUCCAAGGCACCUGGGCUUUGCAGCAAUUUGUGCGGCUCUAGCGACAGCAAGUUUGUGGACGAUGCAGACGCGCUCCCGUUUUGUCUUGUUAAGACUGGAGAAGUUCGCAGUUGCAUGAUCAUUGAGCUCGUUUUCUCCUAAAGUGUUGAAAGAUGCCCGGCUCAAAGGGGGUGCCAAACUGGAGUUUUCUGUGAACAUUGAAAACCUGUAAAAAAGAAUGCACGGGUGCAAACAACGUACAAAGCAUGGACUGCUCUGUUCACCUGCUCUUCAUAGUCCGCAAAAUUGUUUUUGUUAUGAUUCUCUCGAGAAACAGUAGCGUUGUUAAAGUUGUGUCAACUCGGACCGACAAAUUUGUUUGUACUAGUCCGGUAAAUUUUCAGUGGGGACUGAUAAUGCCGAAUAUUUAAAUCAGUUUGCGACACACUUUUAUGUUAUUCUUCUUGCAAAAUUUGUAACCGCGGUUUGAAAAGUAUUUUGGAAGCGUGGCAUUAAUCAUAGCGAUUUGCAUUCUACCAGUACAUUGUUAUUAGACAUGUUUUUAAAGUGUUUACCGGAAGUGCAUUCUUGCGAGACGUUGGUCAAGUGCACAAUACGGCGGUAUUCCACACACCUGGAUAAAAGUAACGACGUGAAGGCCACAGUGUGUGUUGAGAAGGGGCCGUGUGGCAUGCCACCUGCCUUUGGAGGCAGUGUGGAAAGAAAAGCACCUUCCCUUCCUUGGGACAUCUCGUCAAUGACGGGCAGAAGACGCCGUGAAGAAGCUUGGACUGUGACGAACAAGUUUCCAAGUUCUUGUUCACAAAACAUUCUUAGUACUAGCAUACAUUUCCAUAACCAUUAAAUCUACAUUGAAGUAUGGAAGUUGCAUGGAAAUGAGAAUUAUUUCAUUGCAUCAGUUAUUUUGUUCUGUGGGCCCAGUUCAAGUGGGCUUCAAUGCUUGCUUUUAAGAGUCCAUAAAAUACUGUGAUGCAGUCUACUCCAUCUCAAAGAAGUUGGGUGCAGCCUUGCAGAAGGCACAGGUACAAGUGGACAGUUUUAAAAAACCGCCUUCCUUCCACGAGUGCUUGCAAAGCAUUGCAUUUGGCAGGGCAAUGUUGUCGUUGCUGGAGCUUUUGAUUGUGCUGCACAUAACUUUAGGUGGAGUACCAGGGUGUGUUGACCUCUUUUUUGCCCGAAAUGCUGUGGUGGAGUCGUGCCCAUGGGAAAUAGAUACAAAUAAAAUGCUGGAUUGUGCAAA